AUGAGAGAGGAGCUGAAGCGUUACGAGCCAUGGCGCCUCCACAGCCGUCCGAUGCGUGCUGGAUCGACGGCCGUGUUCGGCUCAUUACUGCUGCUAAUGGUUACUUAUGGUGGCAAUGGCCCAAAGGCAAUGAAUCCUCGUUUCUUGCGUAACUGUAGCCUUCCCCAUUGUCUUCCUCCCUCCUCCCCCGUUCCCACCCCGAUGUCUUCCACAAACCCUUUCUUCCUCUCCCUCUUCCUCGACAUGGAAGCAGCAGCUGGUGGUCGAGAUGGCUUUGGAGGGAAGUCUUGGCCGCCGCCUCCUUUGAUGCCUUUGGGAAACGUUCUUUCUGGUUCUUAUAGAGAGGAGCCAUGGGCACACCAUCAUGCGGACGGUGCAAUAGGUACUCUUCCUGACGGUAUUCUACUGAAUGAUUCCAGCUUUUAUGCCGAUCUUGGCAGUGGUAGCUGCGAGAAUAAGGUGGUGAAAAGAGAGGUAUGUAGAGAACGACAUCAGGCGCGAAGCAGCUCAUCGUCUUCCAAUGGUGACGCUGCGGCGGCAAACGUCGUUAAAGGGCAGUGGACAGCUGAGGAGGAUAGUUUGCUGGUUGGAUUGGUGAAGCAACAUGGCGUCAGGAAAUGGUCUUAUAUCGCUAAGAACUUGGUUGGUAGGAUUGGCAAGCAGUGUAGAGAAAGAUGGCACAAUCAUCUGCGCCCUGACAUCAAGAAGGAUAUGUGGACGGAGGAAGAGGAGCGGCGACUUGUAGAAGCUCACAUGAAGUAUGGAAACAGAUGGGCUGAGAUCGCAAAGCACAUGCCAGGCAGAUCCGAGAACUCCAUUAAGAACCACUGGAACGCCACCAAAAGGAGGCUAAACGCCAAGAGGAGCAAACGGAAGGCACCAAAGGGUGGAAGAUGUCCUCCCUCCAUUCUGCAAGACUACAUCCGGAGUAAGACCUUCGACUUGAGCAAAACAUGCAGCACCAAGACAUCACCAUCGACCAUGUCAAACCAGUUAGAUCAUGUCGCUUAUCCGGGGACGCAGAACCCCUCAUCGGCUCACAACUCCACAAGCAGUGCGGCGGAGGAUAUCUUCCCGUACAUGCAGAAAAUUCCGGAUCAGGGAGAGGAAGAAACCCAUGAUCCUUGCAUGCAUGACUCGCUCCAUGUUCUGAUCUUUAACGACGAAGACGACUUCGACUUCCUUCCCAUUCGCGAUGCUCCAGCUCAAGUAUUCGGCAGCAGCGGCAACCUCAGCGACUCCAAUGGCAGCAGUCAUCUACAUCCGCCCUAUCUCCUAAACGGAGCUCCAGCUUCGUCAACUGGCGUGCUGGUCGGCAUGGAUGAUCUGAAAGCUCAGGCUUCUUGGAGUAGCAAGAGGGAUUUGGAUCUGGUGGAGAUGUUGUCCCUACAGUUCUCUUCCUCCCGUAGCAGCAGCAGCAGCAACAGCACACCUCUGAACACCAAUCCGAGCUCUGCUUUUGAAUGCCGAGUCGGUCAAGUCUUCUCCACUCAUCCUUGA